CAUUGACCCCCUGCAGAAUCCAGAUAAAGCCAGACAGGUACGAAAUACCUUGGAAUUUUUCAUCUUCGUAACGCAAGGCUGAACUUGCAUUGUCUUUCUUUAAUAACUUUUCAAUUCUUCAACUUCCACGCCCACCUCAUCAAAGCCUCACGACGAAUUAUCUAAUAGAGUACAUACUUCGAUUUUUCGCAUACGAAAUUACUAGAGCCGCGUAGCUUUCGCGAUGUCGGAUCAGGAGAACAACUCCAACAACGUCGCGAUCGAGAAGGUCGCGGUCAAGACGUGGCGAGCAUGGAGAACCGUUCAUGAGAUGGUCCAAGACCGAGGUUACGAGCUCUCCGAGACAGAAGUCAACAUCUCGCUAGAAUCCUUCAAGAACAUCUACUGUAACAUGGACGGCACUGUCGUACGUUCGAAGCUCAAGUUCUCAGCGCGACCGAGCCCGGAGUUGAUAAAGAAGCUCACCCCGCCCGCGACGCCGUCGAACCCGGACCCGAAAGCGGACGUGGGCACGAUAUGGGUGGAGUUCCACGACGAGGACUCGCUGGGGGCGGAGCACAUGCGCAAGUUCGGCAAGUUCUGCGCGCAGGAGAACCACAGCACGGGAAUCCUGGUGUCGCACGUGGCCGUGUCGGCCUCGGCCAAGAAGGAGAUCGCCAAGUUCGCCCAGUGGACCUCCAUCGAGUGGUUCCUCGAGGAGGACCUGCUCAUCAACAUCACCCACCACGAGCUCGUCCCCCGCCACGUCCUCCUCAGCCGCGAGGAGAAGGCCGCCUUACUCAAGCGCUACCGCCUUAAGGAGACACAGCUCCCCCGCAUCCUCCAGAAGGACCCCGUCGCAAAGUACUUCGGCAUGAAGCGCGGCCAGGUCGUCAAGAUCAUCCGCUCCAGCGAGACGGCCGGUCGUUACGCCAGUUACAGAUUGUGCGUAUGAAAGAAAAACAACUCCCCGAACCCCCGAACCGACGACAACCCACCCAUCCACAUAAGUUGUCUCUAUCUACGGUAAAACGAGUGGAAAAAGAAGAAAAAGGAUACGAGAAGGAAAGAAAGAAAAAAAAGCUUUGCAAAAAUACCGGCGUCUACGAGCAUUGACUUGAUUUGGCAGAGGGCGGCGUUUUUUUUGGUCUGCAGCAGCUCGAUGGGGGGAGCUGUUCUUUAGGUACAAUGUCUAUCCCCGCAGGUACUUCGAUCAGAGGUUGAUUUUUCCCUAUUAAUCGAGAAGACGAAAGAAGAGGGCCUCGUUCUUAUUAGCAAUUUAGACUUAGAACUGCUACGCGAAGAGGGAGGAGAAGAAGAAAAGGAAAAUUGUAGUCUAGUAAUCACAAAUACCUGUCAAACUUAUUACGCACGACCUUGGAUGUUGCCGGUUCGCGUCGAUGUUCCUUGCCAAACGUAAAUUCAAUGUCUUGAAUUCAGCAUACUCGACCAUUCCCGUAUGUUCCAGUUCUUAUAGACGCAGUAUCACAAAGUUGGC